AUGAUUGAUGUUGAAGGUCCUGAGAAUGAGAAGGAGAAAAUGAAAGAGGAGCUGUACAGAAAUAGUGUGGAUAUUGAUCAGGAGAAUGCUCAUUUUGUGGUCGUGGAUAUGGUGCUUGAGGUUCUGGAGGUGGCAAAGUGGAAUGUUUCUCAAAAAUACACAGAUGACUCCUCUGUCAAAUAUCGUGACCAGGAAUUGUGUUUAAACUCAAGUUCCGAUACUUCUGUCCAGAGGUGUUCAGCUGAAGUCCUUGCCCAGAAGUUCAUGCUGAAACUUGGAAAGUGGGUUAUUCCUACAGAGGAGCUUCUUGAAGAAUUGCCCCUGGCUACCAUUUCCAUGUGGACAGGUUGUGAAGCCAGCUUGACGGAUAAAAUCCUUCAAAGAAGCCGAAUGAGGGGUGCGUUUAUUUGGACUCCACCCCAAUUUCAGAUAAUAUACAGUAUACAUCCUACACAGAGACGCAGUGAAGUCCUUGCUUCACAGAACUUCCUCUGUGCCGGAUGCGGGACGGAAGUCGAGCCACGGUACAUGAAGAGGCUAAGUUACUGUAACUACCUUGGCAAGUAUUUCUGCGAUUGUUGCCAUGUUGGCAGUGAAUCCAUAAUCCCAGCUCGCGUUUUGAACAACUGGGACUUUGGACGAUACUCAGUCUGCCAGUUUUCUCAUCAGCUGUUAGUCUCCAUUUGGGAAAAGCCACUGUUUACGAUCACCAGUGUGGCCAAGAACCUGUACUGCCAGGCCAAGGAGCUUCAGAAAUUCAGGGAGAUCCAGGAGCAGCUUAUUUUUAUUAAGAAGCUUUUAAAAGCAUGUAGACUGUCUGAUGGGGUCCUGGCUGAGUUUCAGCAGCUUUCAUUCCAUUUGAGCCAAGAGCUCCAUCUUUUCUCAAUGGACGAUCUUAUUAAGAUCAAAAGGGGUCAGUAUCUAGCAACAGCAAAGGUGGUGAUGAAAUCUGCAACAGCCCAUGUGGAUACAUGUGAGUUAUGCCAGGCGAAAGGAUUCAUCUGUGAGUUCUGUCAUGGACCAGAUGUCAUAUUUCCCUUCCAGACAGAUGUCUGUUCACGCUGUCAAGACUGUAGAAGCUGUUUUCACACUUCUUGUUUUCGAAAUGAGCUCUGUCCCAAAUGUGUCAGAGUUCAAUCCAGAAAGAUCCUCAAAGAGACAUAAUUAUUUUACAAUGUAUAAUAAUAUUAAUAAUAAUAAUAAUAAUAAUAGUGCUGCUUUUUUUUCUUUUACAUUAGAUACCAUGUCAGAUUUUGUAUUAUAAUAUUUUUCCAGUGUUUACCAGUGCUAUCCCUAGUAUUUUAUUACUUAAUACUGUCUUGAAUUUCCAUGAAGCUGUUA